UGCCGUGCGUGAGCGUGCGCGGGCCCGUCGGCCGGCGAGAGAGCAGCAAACGGCCGGCGGCGAACGCCGCGCGGUGGGCGGGCGGCGCGGAGGAGGCGGCGGCGGCCAUGGCUGAGGCGUCGCCGCAGCCCGGACGGUACUUCUGCCACUGCUGCUCGGUCGAGAUCGUACCGCGUCUGCCGGAUUACAUCUGCCCACGAUGUGAGUCUGGUUUCAUCGAGGAGCUGCCAGAAGAGACCAGGAGUACAGAGAACGGUUCCGCUCCCUCCACAGCCCCCACAGACCAAAGCAGGCAGCCAUUUGAGAACGUGGACCAACACCUCUUCACGCUGCCGCAGGGAUACGGGCAGUUUGCUUUCGGCAUCUUUGAUGACAGCUUUGAGAUCCCCACGUUCCCCCCAGGGGCACUGGCCGACAAUGGCAGAGACCCCGAGAGCCGGCGGGAGAGAGAGCAGCAGUCCCGGCACCGGUAUGGCGCCCGGCAGCCCCGAGCCCGCCUCACUGCAAGGAGGGCCACCGGCCGGCAUGAAGGCGUCCCCACGUUAGAAGGGAUCAUCCAGCAGCUGGUCAAUGGCAUCAUCACUCCAGCCACCAUCCCCAACCUGGGCCUGGGCCCCUGGGGUGUCCUGCACUCAAACCCGAUGGACUACGCCUGGGGGGCCAACGGGCUGGAUGCGAUCAUCACGCAGCUCCUCAAUCAGUUUGAAAACACAGGCCCCCCACCCGCAGACAAAGAGAAAAUCCAGGCCCUCCCCACCGUCACUGUCACCGAGGAACACGUAGGCUCUGGGCUGGAGUGCCCUGUAUGCAAAGACGACUACGAGCUGGGUGAGCGUGUGCGGCAGCUGCCCUGCAACCACCUCUUCCAUGAUGGCUGCAUUGUGCCCUGGCUGGAGCAGCACGACAGCUGCCCUGUCUGCCGAAAAAGCCUCACAGGACAGAACACGGCCACCAACCCCCCAGGCCUGACCGCGGUGAGCUUCUCCUCCUCCUCAUCGUCGUCCUCCUCCAGCUCGCCCAGCAACGAGAACCCAGCAAGCAACUCCUGAGUCCCCCCACCAGUCCCCAGAGUAAGCACAGGACCCCAGCCAGCACCAGGCCCUGUGGGCAGGGGGGACAUGGACAUCCCAGAGGCCAGGAGGUGCCCCCCACCUGCCUCAGCUCUCACACCACCAUGGCUCCCAUGGACUCCGGUGCCAGCUGUGCCCCAGCUGUGGGCAGAGGCUCGGAGGAUCCACUGCCUCCAGGCUGUGGAGGAAGUCCGGCCCUCCCCCAGGGAUGUCCCUUGAGGGGCUGGGCACAGAGGGACGCAGGGCAUAUGUCGCCCUCAGGCGUCCCCAACAUCCCCUGUCCCAUUUGUCUCUAACCUCACCCUCUACAUGUUCAACAGUGGAAAGGUUUUUAUAAUUUUAAAUUAUUACUGCUUUGAAAUAAAUGGACGUUAGCUCACAUGCGGUCCUGCAUGAUCUGUGGAAAGACGGGGUAGAGCCACUCAGCUGGGGUCUUGGCCCCACCAGACAGGCCAACAGUCCCCGCCUUGAGUGCAGGGGGCUCGGGACCACAAGAAUGACCAGCAAAACAGAACUGAACUGCUCUGACAGAUGUUUUUUAAAGGAAAAAAUAUAUGUAUCUUGGAAGUUAUUUAAAAAUACACCUACUUAGAGAA